AAAAAAGGGCACAUAUAUCGAAAAACACUAAAAGAACCAAUAAUAUAAAACCAGUUGCGUGGGCUUCUGUCACUCGUCAGCACCUCUCCAAAACAUAUAAACUAUCCAAUCCCAAAUUCCCAUCUUCUUCUUCCAGAAACGUUUUUAUUCUUUCUUUCAAGAAUCUUCUGUCAAACAAAAUCCCCAGUCAAUCAUUUUUAGCUCUCAAUUCAACUUUCAAACACACUUUAAUUUCUUCUUUCCUUUUUUAAACAAUAAUGGGAAAGAAAAACGAAGAAACUGAAAUGGGAAUGUUCUUGGAUGGAAUAAUAGAGUCCUUGCCGGUUUUCGCAAAGGAGUUGAUCGCCGGUGGUCUUGCCGGUGGCAUAGCAAAGUCUAUUGUUGCUCCUCUUGAACGUGUCAAGAUUUUGUUUCAGACCAGAAGAGAUGAAUAUAAGGCUAUAGGACUCUCUGGAUCCAUUAAUAAAAUUGCAAAGACAGAAGGAAUUAUGGGUUUUUAUAGAGGAAAUGGAGCUAGUGUUGCUAGGAUUGUUCCUUAUGCAGCUUUGCAUUAUAUGACUUAUGAGCAAUAUCGUAGAUGGAUCAUCCUCAGUCAUCCUGAUGUCGGAAGGGGUCCUGUACUCGAUUUAGUGGCAGGGUCAUUUGCUGGAGGAACAGCUGUGCUUUUUACUUAUCCUCUCGAUUUAGUUCGGACUAAGUUGGCUUAUCAGGUUGUCGGUCCUUCAAAAAUGAGUGUUCCGGCAGGUCUUAGGACCGAGCAAGUUUACAAAGGAAUCUUGGACUGUUUCUCAAAAACUUUCAGAGAAUCUGGAUUUAGAGGCCUCUACCGUGGCGUAGCUCCAUCGCUAUACGGAAUCUUCCCUUAUGCUGGUUUAAAGUUUUACUUUUUCGAGGAGAUGAAACGCCAUGUUCCCGAGGAGCACAAGAAAGAUAUUACGGUUAAACUGGUAUGCGGAUCUGUUGCUGGUUUGUUAGGUCAGACUUUCACAUACCCUCUUGAUGUUGUGAGAAGGCAAAUGCAGGUCCAAAGACUUGCAGCUUCCGAUUCUGCAGAACUGAAAGGAACAUUUGAAACCCUCGUUAUGAUUACUCAAAGGCAAGGGUGGAAGCAGCUAUUUUCAGGGCUAAGCAUCAAUUACUUGAAGGUUGUGCCUUCUGUGGCAAUCGGUUUUACAGUUUAUGACCUCAUGAAAUCUUGCCUGAGAGUACCAUCUCGAGAUGUACUAGAAGGUGUGACAGACAAAAGAAGUAUCCGACCAUCCCUUCACUCUUGAAAAAUGUAACUGCCUAUUCUUAAUCCCAAUUAGUAUUUUUACUCAGAUUAAUUAGAUUUUUCAUUCAAUUCUUUUCGAGCUGUAUUAUGGCACUUGCUUAGGUUAAAUUCAUCCUUGUACCACCUUCAAUAACCUUGUACAAUGUCUAGCCUCACAGAUAUUAUAGCAGCAAAUUGUAUUGAUGUACUUAGAAUUAGUUUCUCAUAAGUAUAUGUGAUUACUUUAGUUAAGAUCCACAUACAUUGUAUGUACAGAAGUUUGAACAUGAAUAAAAGUUCUGUAUUUUCUUAA